GGGAACGUCAGUCCUAGCUGGAGGAGUAGCGGGGUUGGCGGAAGGCGCGGCGGAAGCAGCGCUGGGACCCGGCAGCCCACGGCUGGGUCCGCAAGGUGAUGCCCAGAGCCCUGCUGGGAACGCCGUUAAUCUAACUUCCUCUCCAAAAUUUUUGGCAUUCGGUAUCAUGACGAGCACUCAGCAGGCUCGCUUUUCAUAUGUGCGGAUGAAAUAUCUUUUCUUUUCCUGGUUGGUGGUUUUUGUUGGAAGCUGGAUUAUAUAUGUGCAAUACUCUACCUAUACAGAACUAUGCAGAGGGAAGGACUGUAAGAAAAUAAUAUGUGACAAGUACAAGACUGGAGUUAUUGAUGGGCCUGCAUGUAAUAGCCUUUGUGUUACAGAAACUCUAUACUUUGGGAAAUGUUUAUCCACCAAGCCCAACAAUCAGAUGUAUUUAGGGAUUUGGGGUAAUCUACCAGGUGUUGUGAAAUGUCAAAUGGAACAAGCACUUCAUCUUGAUUUUGGAACUGAAUUGGAACCAAGGAAAGAAAUAGUGCUAUUUGAUAAGCCAACAAGGGGAACUACUGUACAGAAAUUCAAAGAAAUGGUCUAUAGUCUCUUUAAAGCAAAGUUGGGUGACCAAGGAAAUCUCUCUGAACUGGUUAAUCUCAUCUUGACGGUGGCUGAUGGAGACAAAGAUGGCCAGGUUUCCUUGGGAGAAGCAAAGUCAGCAUGGGCACUUCUUCAACUAAAUGAAUUUCUUCUCAUGGUGAUACUUCAAGAUAAAGAGCAUACCCCCAAAUUAAUGGGAUUCUGUGGUGAUCUCUAUGUGAUGGAAAGUGUUGAAUAUACCUCUCUCUAUGGAAUAAGCCUUCCAUGGGUCAUUGAACUUUUUAUUCCAUCUGGGUUCAGAAGAAGCAUGGAUCAGUUGUUCACACCAUCAUGGCCUAGGAAGGCUAAAAUAGCCAUAGGACUUCUAGAAUUUGUGGAAGAUGUUUUCCACGGCCCCUAUGGAAACUUCCUCAUGUGUGAUAUUAGUGCCAAAAACCUAGGAUAUAAUGAUAAGUAUGAUUUGAAAAUGGUGGACAUGAGAAAAAUUGUGCCAGAGACAAACCUGAAAGAAAUUAUAAAGGAUCGUCACUGUGAGUCUGAUUUGGACUGUGUUUAUGGCACGGAUUGUCGAACUAGCUGUGAUCAGAGUACAAUGAAGUGUACUUCAGAAGUGAUACAACCAAACCUAGCAAAAGCCUGUCUGUUACUCAAAGACUACCUACUGCGUGGUGCUCCAAGUGAAAUUCGUGAAGAAUUGGAAAAGCAACUUUAUUCUUGUAUUGCUCUCAAAGUCACAGCAAAUCAAAUGGAAAUGGAACAUUCUUUGAUACUAAAUAACCUAAAAACAUUACUGUGGAAGAAAAUUUCCUAUACAAAUGACUCUUAGUUCAUUUGGACAUUGUGACCAUUACAGGAAACUUAAAUCUAAGGAAAAUUUUUGAGCAUUAAAAAAAAAAAAAAUGGCUUCUGAUUCAAAUCCCUGCCAGUUACACAAAACUCCUUCCCCCUGGUUUUAAGAAGCCAUCAUCUUAAGAUACAUGUUGAUUGCUGAAGUAAAGGCAGGAGGUAUAGGAUGAACAGGUCCAAAGAUUUCAUUCCUGCUGUUAGAAGCCCUGGUAGAUUUCCCAGUACAUUCACUGUGUAACUAUUUUAACUAAUGACCUAAAAUAAUGCUGUGAAAAGCCUCAUUCCAUAAACAUCAACAGUGAGAGUAUUUUGUAGAUUUGUUAGCCAAAAUACCAUUGCUGGAAACAUUGUUUGCAUUGAAGCUGCUGUUUAAAAAAAUAAUUAUACAUUUACUAAAGUCUUAGCAUGGUAAAGUUUGCACAUUAACAGAAAUUAAGACUGCAAAGCAGGUAAAGUUACUCCUUUAUAAACAGAUGUUGGGUUAAUAGCAUGGUUUGUUGUAUUUAUAGACUUAAAACAUUUAGACAUUAUAUGGCUUCAGAAUGUUUUGAAUGGUUAUUAGCCUCCUAACUGCCAAUUUUAAGAGGCUGAAACUGGAUGAGCUUUCAUCAUCCUAGAUUUGAUGGGUCCUUCUUAGUGUCAUUGAGCUGAGUCCUUUAAAACAGACAUUAAGGCCAUCAAACCCAAUCCAGAUCCAUGUAUCUGAAUUUGAGCUAUGGGGAAGUGGGACAUUAGGAGCCAGACUGAAAUCAUGGAACUUUUUAAUAACAAUUUUCCAUUUUUGAACAGUAUUUCCUGUUGGCCAAAGGGCUAUUUCUUAAGAGGCAUGUAAGUUUUUUUCAUGUAAACUUGAUAUGCAAGUUAGUAUUUGCCCUUUUAAUGUUUUCAUGUUUAUUAAGAUCUGGCAUGUACCUCUCAACAUCUCCAUAAAAUGGAACACCUUAUCUGAAGGAAGACCCAAUAUAUUCUGCUCAAAGUUUUCACCUAAGUAAAUGUUAGUUGUGUGAACUUCACUGGACAGCUUUCUCUCAAAAAUUAAAGCCAUUGAUUUAGCACCAGUUUUGCUUAUUUUAAAAUUGUGUACUUUGAAGGUACUUUUUCUUCCCACCAGCCAUCUGGUUACAAUAAAUGAAUGGAAGAAAUAUUUCCUAGUGGACGGUUGG